AUGGAUCCCUCUCCAUCCUCCCAAUAUCAGUCUCAAGACGAUUCUCAAGACGAUUCCCAAGACGACACAAUUGCCCCCCCUCCAUCCUCCCAAUCCCACUUCGCCAAAUUCCAAAACUUCACGCCCAGCCACACCGCGCCCUUCGACGCAGAAUUCGCCCGCCUCGCCCUCUCCCAGCAAUGGCUCCCCGGCUCCCAGCAAUACACAAAGCAGCGCACCAUCGCCAUGCGCGAAGAGCUCAAGACGCACUACUUCUCCUCUCAAGCCCUCGACAGCACCCGGGAAGCAGAGCCCACGGAAGAAGAAAUCCUGCAGGGCUACCGGGACCUGUGCAUCGAGGUCGGCAUCCCGCCGGGCAUCACCGCCGCCGAGUGCAAGGAGAGCCUCAAGAAGAAACUCGUCAACAUUGUCGACUUGAUUGAUGCGCGGCGCACGAAUCAAAAGGUGCGGGUGUGGCGCGACUUUCAGGCGUUUCGGAAAUAUACUCUGCAAAAGGAACAUAGAAUCAGCGUUGAUGAGGCGAAAAAGGAUGGCGGCUAUCUUUCGUCUCUGCUGCAGCAUUUGCGGAAUCCGCGUGACCAAAGGAGAUUCAGAAUGAAGAGGCCGGGAUGA